AUGAGGAACAAUACCAUGUACUACGCGGUAGUAGCACUGGUGAUCCUACUGGGAGGAGGAUCGCUCGCGAAUGCGGCCAACCAGAAGGAGGUGCUGAGGGCCUUCCUCAAAUCGAGGGCCCAGACGAGCGCGAACGGGCCCGCGGAGCCGGACGCGUGGGCCGACCCGAUCAGCAGCUUCCGCCACCUGCCCACCAAGUGCGAGACCCCGCCGGCAGGCAGCAGGGAGGCCGACAGGAUCGCGGCGCUGCCCGGCCAGCCCCCGCGCGUCAACUUCGGCCAGUACUCCGGCUACGUCACCGUGAGCGAGGAGUACGGCCGCGCGCUCUUCUACUACUUCGUCGAGGCCCCCUACGAGGCCUCCUCCAAGCCGCUCGUGCUCUGGCUCAACGGCGGGCCCGGGUGCUCGUCGCUCGGCUCCGGCGCCAUGGCGGAGCUCGGCCCGUUCCGUGUGAACCCUGAUGGGAAGACCCUGAGCAGAAACAGGCAUGCCUGGAACAAUUUGGCGAAUGUGAUCUUCCUGGAGUCGCCGGCGGGCGUCGGGUUCUCCUAUUCGAACGCAUCGAUACCGAGCGGCGACACGAGGACAGCGGUGGACGCCUACAUGUUCCUGCUCCACUGGCUGGAGAGGUUCCCCGAGUACAAGGGCCGCGACUUCUACAUCUCCGGGGAGAGCUACGCCGGACACUACGUCCCCCAGCUCGCCACCGUCAUCGUCGCCCUCCGCGAACUCGGUGCCACGGACAUGAACCUCAAGGGCAUCUUCGUAAGUCGGCAAUCCGCUCCUCGAUAA